CGCCCGGGCGGACUGGACGUGACCCCUGUGCCAAGCGCUUCCGGUUCCGGGGUAGCGGCGGCGGCCGAGAGGGUUCGGGCCGCUGUUUGUAAACUUGUCUCCCGGGGGAGAGCGCGGAGGCAACGGCGGAGCCCGGAGCCCGCAGCGGCCGAGCCAGGCUCAGACUAAACCAGAGAAGUGUCUGCAGCGAUAUCGAGGCACAGAGAUCAACUCCCUUUAUCCAGGAUCCAUCCAGAAGCAGGGCUAGGGUUGGGAUGACUCCUCUGUAAAAGCGGUGCAGUCAGUUACCUUCCCGUCUAGCUUCUCCAGCUCUCGGCAGUGCUUGGGGAAGACGCCCUUAGAACGCCACACACAAUUUCAGACUCUCAGAAUCCAGAAAGAUGUCGGCAAAGUGGAGGGUACUGGACAAGACCAGCAAAAAAUGAUUAACUGAAAAAAAAAAAAAUCUUUCUAAUCGUAAAAUUCUUUCCCGGGAGAGAAUUAAGGCUAAAGAAUUGUUACAAUCCGUUUGUUGAGGACAGACAGACAAGAUGGCUCAGGCGAGUCUCCUGGCCUGCGAGGGCCUCUCUGGGGUGUGCCUCGUGCCAACUGUUGCCAGCAAGAAGAUGAUGCCAAAACAGAGCUCCAAGCAGACAGAGAAUGGAGAGAGAGGGAACAGUCCGAACAUGCUGGGUCUCCGCCAGGAGAGCGAGAAAUCUCGCAGCCGUAAAGAGGAAGAGCCGGCAGAAGCAUCACAGCCAAAAAAGACCAUUAAAAAGGCAGGUGAUGGUGAUUGAGCAGAACGGCUCCUUCCAGCUGAGAAUCCCCAAGAACUUUAUUUGCGAGCAUUGCUACGGAGCCUUUCGGAGCAGCUACCAUCUCAAGAGACACAUCCUCAUCCAUACUGGUGAGAAGCCGUUCGAGUGCGAUCUGUGUGACAUGCGCUUCAUCCAGAAGUACCACCUGGAGCGCCACAAGCGCGUGCACAGCGGCGAAAAGCCCUACCAGUGCGAGCGCUGCAUGCAGAGCUUCUCCAGGACAGAUCGGCUGCUUCGACACAAACGAAUGUGCCAGGGCUGCCAGCCCAAAACCCCUGACUCGCAGCUGCUGCUUUAGGAGCCAGGGCGAUGCGUCGGAGAAGCUAGGCCGUGGACAGGAUUUUCAGUUUUCUGGGUCUAGUUUUGCCUGCUCCUGCUCCCCCGGCCAAGGGGGGACAGAGCUGAGGACUCUCCUAGACUCUCGGAUGGGGUCCUGACACUGUAAAUAAGAUGAGGAUGAUCUGGAAUCUCUACUCAACCAGCAGAAGCCACGGGCAGCUGUGUAUAAACCUUCUUUUCCAUUGGUUUGUUUUUGAAGUAUCACCAUUUGCCUCUCAGGAAAGGCUUCGGGGGACAACAGGGCAAAGCUAGCUACACUCACCUCAAACUCUUAACACUUGCCAUCACCUGAUCGACCAGCUCCCGCCCAGGUAGAGCUCACAGGUAUGAAAUAUAGCGGGGUGGAAAUCAACCGUGUUGUUCUUUUGACUCUUUUUGUUAACUAGUCUCACCGGAAGAGACCAACAAAGCAGUGGAUUGUAAGAGGCAGCUGUGGAGGAUUUUGGUUCAGGCGUGAAAUGCAGGAACUCAUCUCAGCCGAGAGCUUGGUUAUGAGGUCUGCGGAGCUUUUAUUUCUAGGGCGUCUGAUUUUGUAACCGAGUUUCCUCCUGCUCUUUCCACCUCAAGAAACGAGCGGGGACGUUGGAGGGGGAGGGAGGAGAGCGCACUGUUGGAGGGGGGGAGGGGAGCGGUUGCGGGGACUCAGUUGAAACUCUUGUGACACCCAGCAGCUGGUGCGAUCGGUGUCCUAUGAAAUGGUGUUGUGUGAGCUGCUGCUGUAUACGUCGCCUGGGUGAACCCGCAUGGCAUUGUCUGGACGUGGCUCUUAGCAACACCCAAACCCCUGAUGACAGGCAGUGCUUCGGGGUAUACAGCCCAUGGCUGUGGGGACAGCCAGAGGCUGCCCUCCUUCCUUGGCCCCAGUGUGUGUGUAUGUGAGGAUGCUUGGGGUGAUCCCAUUACGGCACGUCCCUGUUCCCCCUGGAAUUCAGAUCCUAGUCUGGUUCAUGGCGGCAGCCGCACAUAAUCUGGCUUUCUCAGAAAUGCUCUUGCCUCAAACGCUGCCGGGUUUGGGUCACGCUCGGGAAGGCUUUCAGUUGCUUUGUAGUUUGGGAUAAGAUCCACCCCUUUGUGUUUGACCCCGAGGGCCAGCCAGGGCUGGAUCUUUGCAGUGUCUGUUCUGGAUUUGGGGGGAAUUUAACCCACUCUCGGAUUUCAUUUCCAUUAAAUCGGUGCCCUGUCUACUUGGGGGUGGAAACCACUUAAAUUUACUGUGAUCUUCUCUCUGGCAACUCUCCCGUGGCCUAGGAGCAACUGCGCAGUUCAGGGGGAGCUAGAAACAGCUCAAGGGACCUGUAGGGAAAGGCAGUUAAACUUCCUCCUGUGGAAGAAACCGAAACCAUGGGCAUGAGGGAGGGGGUGAGGCUCCCCAGCCACUCUCAGGAGCCCUGAUUGUUGCAGGCCAGAAAAAGACUGUUACCAAAGCGUCGACUCUGCCUCCCCAAAUCCCCCUCUUGGCUCCCAACGCUCGGUCAUGCCCUGCCUCUGAAAACUCAGGCCCAGCUAGUGCCAGCUAAAGAUCAGACCGUUCCCGGCUGGGAACAAAUGUGUAGGGAAGGAAGAGACUGUUCAUGUCGGCGCAUUGGCUCCCACUCCCCUUGCAGCGACAGCAGUAUAUUGGAUACUUCCUGCUCAGUGCUCUUCUGAGAGCCCCACCCAGAUGUCCCUGGUUGCGUAGCCUAGGUCCAGCUUGGCUUCUAGCUGUCUAGCUGAGCUUGGUCUCUGUGCACAGCAGCUGGCAUCACUGCAGCUCAGGAUCUCCUGUUUCUGCUCCAAGAUGUCACUCGGUGUCCUGGUAAUUGUUCUGGGGCAGGGGGGAGCAGGGCACAGGGGAAGGUUACACAGGGCAGCGCGAAUCUGGACUCGGCUUUCUGAGCAUCAGUGACACUGGAGCAAAGCGCCCUUGGGAAAUGACCUCAAUGCUCUUUAAAAUGUCAGUGGCUCUGUCACUUAGUUCAAAUCAUGCAGCCCCCCGUUGCCCUCCGUGUAGCGAGCUACGUACCGAAAUAAAAUCCUUUCUGGAGCAGCUUCUCCCAGCAGCAGAGCACACGCCGCAUUGGUGCAGCCUGGCCUUGUCCGGCGAAGGUAGAUACUGCCGACGUUUAGCUUAGGCCAGCAGGGACGCUGCUAACGUUAGCAAGGUGAUCUUCUGUCUCUCUUUAUCUCGCUGCUAUAUUCCUUUGGGUCUCCAGGUUCCUUCAGACUCCCUUCCCCCACGGGUGCUGCUACUUAUCCUCUUCUCUUCUUUCUCCACCCCCUCCCCCUCCACCCCCCCAAAAUCCAAGCUAGAAACCCAUUCCGAUUUCCAUCUUGGAUUUUUUUUUUUCCCUUCAUCCAUAUAUCUCUGAGAGACACUCUGCCAGGGGAGAUUUACAACGCAUCCUGCUGCCAGAUUCUGCUCUGCCUUCCCCCGGCCCUCAAAGAUGGGACUGAAAGCCAGUUUGCAAAGAGAACAGAGUUCUGUGUCUCAUCCACAGCCCCCCGCACAGGACGGGGCAGCCUGGCUUGGCCUGACACAUCCUUGGUUGGUUCUUUUGUAGAAUUUCGACAGCAGCGUGCUCUCUGCACCUGCAUGCUGGAUACACCGGUAUGAAUGCUUUACUCGAGCGGUGCCCUUCAUCCAAAUCUCUCCCCGGCAGAGUACCGCAUCUGCAUAUGCACUGCGGUCUCCUUUGGGGAACGGCUAGAGUAGAACCUGGUAGCGUGAAUUGUCUUUCCCAGGUGCCAAACACUACCCUUCCCGCUGAAUCCAUCGCGAGCUGAGAGUUCAGGGCACCUGAGCUCCUUAGACCCUGAAAUCACAAUGGUCCAACUUCCUGCUUGCCUCUAACACGCUUUAUUGCUGCAGAGAUUUGGAAGAGGUUAAAUGGGCAUCCUCCGCCUCUUGGCCUGCCCACGCUGUCAGACAAACGCAGGCUGCGCUUGUAACCGCACAGGAUGGAAGAGCGGUGUGUUCGUUGCGACGCUACGUGAUCAGCUCCUGCUGCCUGUUAGAGGCCAAGGCUCCUCUUUUGAGACCUUUUCGGUGCCAUUUGCGUGAUUCUCUGCCAGGCCCCUGCAGCCUCAACUUAGAGGUGUUUCUUUUCAGUCUCCCUGCCCAAGAAAAUCACACCCUGUUGUACGUCUGGAGCUUCUGGAUGUUGUCUGGAAUCAUAGUCUCCUCAAGGAAGCGCUGAAAGCCCCGUUGAUUCUGUCACUCAGAAUCGCACUAGGCAAAGUGUCUGUGGCUCUGUUGUGGGAAGCAAUGGGACGGGUGACUGGCUAGCUUCUCAGCUGGGAGUUCCAUGUUGCCAGCGCCUGGGUUGGCAUAGCAGGGAAGGAGAUGUGCAGGACGCACAGGCUCCACCACAGGCUCAUGGCCUAACCUGUCCUAGGCUGGAGAGAGGACGGCUGUUUGAAUGAUGCUGGGCCUUGCAACCUGGCAGUGGGGCGUAAGGUCGAGGGAGUGUUGUAUGGAAGCAGCUUGUGAUUACCAUUCUAGCUGGUCCCAUCGGAUCAAAGCCGAUUGAGAAGGAGAGACAAGUCACUUUUGCACGAGUCUUUCCCUGCUCUCUCUCUUUCACCGAUGAUGGAAUUUAAAGGAACUCUCAUCUUUUUUUUCCUGCCCCUCAGAGAAGCGAAGACUCUUUCUACCUUUUGACCCUCUUUAUUUGGUAAAAGGAGAUUCCCUGCCUCCCACGCCCCCAUGUUGUGGUGAAGGGAGCUGAAACCAGCAGUGACAUGCAGCUUUAUCUAGUCCCUUAUCAUGUCAAAACAUCAGCAUCGCUGAUAAUCAGCACAGCUGUGGGACUAGUAUCUGACUCCUGCGGAGAGUUGGCCUGUCGUUCUGUUGGGCCCCCAGAAAUCCUAGCUAAAAGCUACCUCGUUGACUGUGACUCACGUUUGUAGAACUGGCUUUCAUGGGUGGGGUCAACACUGAAAGCCUGGAGGUGGCGUCAUGUUAACGUGAAGUACCUUGGCCUGGAGAAUGUCACCAGAAAAGCCUUUAAUCCUAGACUUAAGAUUCUCUUCCGAACAGGCCUGAUCUGCUGUCCAGCCCUGGCUCCUUGUGCCCCGUGGCAAUAAUGGCUGAAAUGGGAUGUCCCGUUGUGUGUUUGGUGUCACUAUUUAUUCUCCUGUCCCCACCCAACGAGUAAGGCAAUCGACUGGAAGUCAGAAGGUCAUGGGUUCUAGUCCCAGCUCUGACAAAGUACUGCUCAGUAUCUGUGUUCUCCCUGCGCUAAUUAUCCUGACUCGCUUUUGCAGAGAGAAGUAUGAAGUUUUACUAUUGGAACACGAAUCUUCUGUGUAAAACUGCUGACGGUGGAUCCUGGGGCGUUGGCUGUGACGUGAACAUUGGUUGGCAGCCUGUUACAAUCUGGCAGUACUUCUGCCCAGCACAAGGGGGCAGUACAAGCUAUCCUGUAGGACUACUGGCAAAAGGGUGUUGGCAAACGGUUGGUUCGGUUAAACCAGAGGCUGGUUUGGAGGACAAACUAACUCACUCUCGGUUUUGAACUUUCAUAGCGGAUGGAACACCUGUGGUCUGGAGCAGAGACCCCUAAAUUAUGGGUGGGAACCUCGCUGCUCAGAACAUCUGAGGGCCUGAAGCUGCCUGGGUUCAGUGCUGCAGAGUUUUGAUGCGUGUGUGAUCUGUGUGGCUGGGGGUUUUUCUCAAAAGCUGUUUUUUUGGCCUGGUGGUGAGGCACUACUGCAGAGCUGCUGGUGUCACUGCUGAUACAGACAGUCCUUUUCCUUGAGUAGCUGAUGCGUGCACACCGUGUGCUAUACAAAGGGUUCAUCUGUCUAGCUGACGCUGCAGGUUGCCUGUAGCUGGAGCUGUCUUGAAGCCUGAAAGUCAAAUUGUUUGCAGCUGGUGCUGCCUUUUUCUAAACCAUCUCGGCAGAGGUAUUUCGAUUCCCGGUAAAACAUACAAGUCUGGGGCUAAGAGGCUUAUUGGAUUCACGUACGGCUCGUGCUCUGCAAACCCCCUCCGCUGAUGCAUGGGAAAAGUGUUCAAUUUUAUAUCUAGAAAUUAGUGACUUACGAUGAUUUGAACACUUUUUUUAUUUUUAAAUGCUCUUGUGUAACCUGUCAUGACCUUCCAAAGUGAAUUAAGAUGAAUCGAAUUAAGGCCGCUUGAAUUCUGAAUAAGAGCAUUCACACAGGGAUUUAAUGCAGUUUAACUAAUUUGCUAUAAAUUCACACCUUUAAUGGGGAUUCAUUUUCCUUAGUGUCCCCUUAUACACAAGCCCUUGAGGAGCUAUACCCAGGGAUAAAGAGUAAUAUUGACAGAGAUGUUUCAGGACUCUGAGUUUAUUCUUCUGCCUAGCUGGUUUGCAGCCGAAAUCACAUGAGAAAGGUGGGGGCAGUGAAACUGACAAGGAACACAACUGAAACUGACUAGAAACAAGUUUCCCUGUCUGAGCUGGGUGCAAAAGGGCAAUCUGGCUAGCACCAGCGCUCCAAAAUACAUCUUCUGAAAAUGUGUCAGUUCUAGUAACACACGCAGGACGAUGUUUAAAAUUGGCUUUUAACUUGCUGUAGCAAAGAGGUGCGUCAGCACCUCAUCUGUGCUGGGGAGUGUUAGUUAAAACAAUACAACCCUCCAGUGUAAAGAUGUUGUUCUGGUGCAAUUAGGGGCUUUCCCUGCUUUCAAGCUAGGGUAAACCAUGCUCUUGCAAGCCCCUUACUGUACGGCAUGGCUGCACCAGUGUGACUGCACCACUGUAAUGCAGCUAUCCCCAGCCCCUCCAUGGCUGAAAAGCAGAUGAGUAGCGGCGUCAGGCUGGCUGGUUCUCUGGAGUGGGGUGCAAAUGGGCACUUCGUUUCCUUGUGCACCCAUGCAAAGCUAAUUUUUUCCUGUAGCCUCCGUAUCCACAUGAGCCCACGUCUGGUGGGGGGGAGGGGACAGUGUCUGACUGUGUGUUUCAGAGAUGGGACCCUGCUCUCUAGUGUGCAUGCAUAACAAGCUCCCCAGACUCCGGUCUGAUUUGUGCUCCGCUGUCUUCUCAGGUGAGGCCUGGAACGGCCCAGGGAAGAGGCUAGCUGUAGCGCUGUAUUAAUGUGCAUCAUUAGACCUUGAUCAUGCCAUUUCCCAGCUCCAGCCAGGAUAAUUUCCUUUCCCACUUUUUGAGCAUUAAAAAUCAUCCAGCCAGAAAACCACAUGCCAGAAUACACCCCUCGCUGCAGCCGGGCAUGAGCCCCUGAAGGCCAGGGAUUGGAAACCAUGUUGCCGGCUAAGUGUGAGAGAUUAUACACACGCACACCUGCCUGCCCUUGAGUCAAGGAGUGUGUGAACAAGAAGGGGGAUGGCUGCCCAGGUGCCCUUCACAGGCAGAAGGAACUCAGUCACACUGUGGCGUGACACUGAUCCCUGAAGGCAGGCGGGAAGUGGCCCCCUGUUGUCCCAGAACUACUGUUUUGACAGAUGGACCAAGAACUCUCCUGUGUUAGUGAAUCCGAGCUGAGUGAUAUCUGGAAAGUCCCAUGGCUUAUUUGUCUUUUUUUUUUUUAAAUAUACUUAUUUUGCGAUUGGGGGUGGGGGUGGGGGGAGCGUGUGUUACUGAGGAGAUAAAUGAGAAUCACUUUUAAACUGUAGUUUUUAUAAGAUGUUAUAAACUUGUAUCUUUUUACCAUUAGUGUGGUGUCUGUUCCUUUGUGACCUAUUUAGAGUAUUUAAAUAAAAUCUUGUGGUUUUUUUUUCUUUUCUAAACUCUA